AUGAAGGCGCAGGUUUUGGACUCGAUGGAACUCGAACGGGAGCGGGGGAUCACGAUCAAGCUGAACAGCGCGCGAAUGGAUUACGUGGCGCGGGACGGGGAGUUGUACGUGCUGAAUUUGAUCGAUACGCCGGGACACGUGGAUUUUACGUACGAGGUGUCGAGGUCGUUGGCGGCGUGCGAGGGGGCGCUCCUGGUCGUGGACUCGAGUCAAGGGGUGGAGGCGCAGACGGUGGCGAACGUGUACCUGGCUUUGGAGAACGAUUUGGAGAUUUUUACCGUACUGAAUAAGAUUGAUCUUCCGGGGAGCGAGCCAGAUCGGGUGAAGCAGGAGAUUGAGGACGUUUUGGGUUUGGACGCGAGCGACGCGAUUUUGGCGAGCGCGAAGGCGAACAUCGGCAUGGAUGAGAUUCUCGAGCGCAUAGUCGAGAUCGUGCCACCGCCGCGAGAUACGCCCGAUGAACCGUUUCGUGCGCUCGUUUUCGAUUCAUACUUUGACCCGUAUCGAGGCGUCGUGGCGGUGUUUCGAGUCAUGGAUGGGACGGUGAAGACGGGGGACGCGAUGAAGAUGAUGGCCACCGGGGCGCAGUUCUUCGCGGAUGAGAUCGGGGUCAUGCGUCCGGAUAAGGUGCCGGUGCAGGAACUUGGCCCGGGUGAGGUUGGUUACAUCAUCGGUGGCAUCAAAUCUGUCGCGGACGCUCGCGUCGGGGAUACGAUCACGACGCAAAAGAACGCCGCCAAGGAGGCGCUUCCGGGCUACUCUCAGGCGACGCCGAUGGUGUUUGCGGGUAUUUUUCCGGUAGACACCGAUCGUUACGACGAUCUGCGAGAGUCUCUCGGUCGAUUGCAGAUAAACGACGCGUCGCUGUCGUUUGAACCGGAACAGAGCAGCGCCAUGGGCACCGGUUUCCGAUGCGGUUUCCUCGGCUUGCUGCACAUGGAGAUCAUCCAGGAGCGUCUCGAGCGCGAGUACGAUUUAGACCUCAUCACCACCUCACCAUCGGUGGUGUAUCACGUGUACAGAACAGACGGCACGAUGGAAUCCAUCUCUAACCCCGCGGAACUCGCGGAACCGGAGCUUCGCGACCGCAUCGAGGAGCCAUACUGCCGUCUGGACAUGAUCGCUCCGAGCGACUACGUCGGCACGCUCAUGGAGCUCGCGACGCAGCGUCGUGGUGAGUUCAUCGACAUGACGUAUCUUUCGCAAUCGCGGACGUCAAUCAAGUUCGAUAUCCCGCUCGCUGAGGUCGUCACGAACUAUUUCGACGAGAUGAAGUCGCGCUCGCGCGGCUACGCCUCGAUGGAGUACUCCAUGACGGGCUAUCGCGAGAGCGACCUCGUGCGUCUGGACGUCCUCAUCAACCAGGAACCCGCCGACCCGCUCGCUGUGAUCACGCACAGAAGCAAGGCAUACUCCAUCGGACGUCAACUCGUCGAUCAGCUCAAACUGUUGAUCCCGAGACAGAUGUUUCGCAUUCCCAUUCAAGCCGCCAUCGGGAAUAAAGUCAUCGCCUCUUCGUCCAUCUCCGCCAUGCGCAAGGACGUCCUCGCCAAGUGUUACGGCGGCGACAUCUCGCGCAAGAAGAAAUUAUUAAAGAAGCAAGCCGCGGGUAAGAAGCGCAUGAAGCAGUUCGGUAAGGUUGAGGUUCCUCAAGAAGCCUUCCUCGCCGUCCUCAAAGUCGAUCCGAACAAGGGCGGCGGCGAAUAA